CGAUCGCGCGCCGCGUACCGUGACGGUCGUCCGGUUUUCGUAAAGUGUGUGUUUUGUGUUGAAAGCAUUAUUAAAACUGGAUUAAAAGACUCAAGCGGGAUUAUGUUAAGUGAUUAAACAAUACGAGUGUACCUUCAAAAUGUCGCCAAAAAGCCGUUGGCUUCAAUCGCGCGCGCAAUCAUGAAAACGUUCCGUUAUAGGUCAAUAGAUGGCGUUCAUAACAUUAAUACGUGGUCAUAAAUAUAGAUGGCGUGAUUAUCAAAGAGUUUAACAGUGUUUUAUACGGAUGACAGUAGAUGGCGUUGGCGUUGAUGAAGAGUGUAGUGUUUUGUACUGUAGUGUAGUGGGUUAGAGUUUUAUUAGUGAUAUAGUGCUUGUGAGAUGCGAGACGGGUCUAGGCCAGGGCCGAGUGGUGCCUCUGCGGGGCAUGGUUUUGAGAAAGACGAUGAAGGUUCCUCGGCCUCCGAAGACUGCAGUUACGAGGAGUUGAUGUCCUUGAAGGAACUGCUGCAUUUUCCAGAAGAAGUGGCUCUCAGGCUCACCGACACAGAAUACCAGCUGUUUUACCAAGUACCCCCAAUCGACUACCUCCGCCAAGUGACCCUGGACCUUGGUGGUUCGUGCGCGCUCGGUUCAGCCGCCGAGCGCCCCGUGAUACGCCGCGCGCCGCCGACGCGCGCGCAGCAAGCCACGCGCACCGUGCGCGCGCUCAUACACCGCUUCAACGAGGCAGGGAAGCGCCCUGUGAUACGCCGCGCGCCGCCGACGCGCGCGCAGCAAGCCACGCGCACCGUGCGCGCGCUCAUACACCGCUUCAACGAGGCAGGGAAGCGCCCUGUGAUACGCCGCGCGCCGCCGACGCGCGCGCAGCAAGCCACGCGCACCGUGCGCGCGCUCAUACACCGCUUCAACGAGGCAGGGAAGCGCCCUGUGAUACGCCGCGCGCCGCCGACGCGCGCGCAGCAAGCCACGCGCACCGUGCGCGCGCUCAUACACCGCUUCAACGAGGUGUCAGCGUGGGUGACAGAGCUGGUGCUCUCCCAGGCAGCUGAGGAUCGGAAGGCGGCGUUGGCGUGCGUCCUGCGAGUAGCGCUUACCUGUUGGAAUAUUGGCAACUUCAACGGCGCUAUGGAGAUCGUUGCUGGGCUCAAAUCAACAAAGCUAAAGUCCUUCUGGACGUCUGUGUCAGAUGAGCCGCUGCCAGCCCUGGACUUUCUGUCAGCCGCCCUUCUGUCAGCCGAGUACGAGCGAGCCCUGGGGCGGGCCCUAGCCAUGCCGGAGUGCCGACUGGUGCCUUUCUUUGGGGCCUUUCUGAGGGAAUUGAGGUCAGUCACUUAUUACUUGAUACACUUGCUUGAUAUACUGCUCUGGAGACCUCGGCUGGGAAGCCGGAGGGACGGAAAACCAGGAGCCAGAUGGUUGGACGAUCUGGCAUAG